AUCUUGAAAAAAUUUCCAAAACAAUAGAAGCAUAAAAAGAGUAACAGUACUAAAAAGUGAAGUAGACAGUAAACUGCUUGAAGAGUCUAAGAAAAAUUAUGAAGAAUUUUAUUAAGAUUUUCUGGAUCACCUUGCUCACCGUGUGCUAUCAGCUCGAGGCGAAAAAUGUGCCCGGUGUUUCCUACAUCGACAAUGUCGUGCUCAACUACAACAAUGUUACAGACAUUUGGAUUUGCGACAGAAUCAUUUGUCCAUCCGGCACGUUUGGUUGCAAGAUUUUGAAGCGCAACAAUCCUAACAGACCGAUUGAAUUGAUUUGUACUGACGUCUGUUAUGAUAGCGACCGCAACACUGUGGUGACGUCGUCAUACCCUCAAGCUAUUCUAAGCCCGAAGACCAUUAAUAUAUUAGUGAACUCAUAUGUGGACGCAGAGUCGGUGUGGACUGCGGGCUACAGCUUAUCUAUGCAGAGUGUAAAUGCGACCAUCGCUGCCGGCGAUUGGCCAGAGGUGCAAAAGACCGUUAGAGAUAAUAUGAGGGAUGUAGAUGAGUCGAAUGCUUAUUAAAAAGAUAAUUUCUUUUUUUGUUCACUUGUGAA